AUGACCGGAGUGCGCUACAGGGAUGAAGUCCUGGAUGUGUACGUGAGACCAUAUGCUGGUGCUGUUGGUCCUGACUUCAUCCUCAUGGACGAUAAUGCACGUCCACAUCGUGCUAGGGUGGUGGACGAGUACCUGGAACGUGAGACAAUUGUUCGUAUGGACUGGCCAGCUCGUUCUCCAGACCUCAACCCUAUCGAGCAUGUCUGGAAUAUGCUUCAGACAUCGUGUACCGUGAAUUGGGCAGGAGAUCGGAUCACAGACAAAAUAUUCAUCGCAUCCCUCGUCCUGCUCGUCGUCAUACUUAACAUCAUCAUCAUGACCUACUGCUACAUCAACAUCCUUCGGAUGUGUUUCACUCUGGUGUUGGUGUUCUUGAUUUGCUGGCUGCCUUACGCCAUCAUGUCGCUGUUGGCGACGUUCGGACAGGCGGAGUCCAUACCUAUCUGGCUGACUGUGAUCCCCGUCAUGUCCGCCAAACUCUCCUCGUGCCUCAACCCCCUCAUAUACGUCGUGGUCAGCAACAAGUUCCGACAACGAUAUUUGGCAUUGUUAAAAUGCCCCCCAACUAACAGAGUGAAUAACAGUGGAGUCAGCGUUAUUCCUAUGCCCGAGAGAAAGAGGGCUCAACACCAAAAGCUAUCCUUGAACAUGAGUCCAACAGUUGGGAAGGAUGCUCAGGAGUGCCUUGUAGACAGUCCAAUCACUGAAAGGCCUGUCAGUCAACAACACUUGGAAUUAUCCAGAGAAUGA